CGGCCUCGGCGGCGGCGGCGGCGAGAGCAGGCUCUGGGGCUCCCGCGGCCUGUGGAGCCUCCCACCCGCUUCCAUAAGGCUUUGCCUUUCCAACUUCAGCUACAGUGUUAGCUAAGUUUGGAAAGAAGACAGAAAGAGGACCCCGGGGUGCUGCCCACUUUUGUUUGAUUUUUAUUUUUAUUUUAUUUUUGGCCAUCGUUGACUUUGGGGGAUCUUUUUGCACAAGGCUGCUGUGUGCUCGCGGUGCUAUCUCUCGUUCCUUGCACUCCUGUGAAGAACAAACUCCCGGCUAGAGCAGCGACAGCCGCGGUCACGGGCGUGGGGACCAGCAGGGAGGGCUGUCAUGACCAGCGCCAGAGCUCAGAACCGCCAGGGAGGAUGCUGCGGAUCCUGUACGAGAUAUAUGACAUCUGCAAGGUUCCUUCUCUACCUGAGCCACUCGCUCUCCACUUGGGGAGAUCGUAUGUGGCACUUUGCAGUGUCGGUGUUUCUGGUGGAACUCUAUGGAAACAGCCUCCUUCUGACUGCAGUCUAUGGGCUGGUGGUGGCAGGGUCUGUUCUGGUCCUGGGAGCCAGCAUUGGUGACUGGGUGGAUAAGAAUGCCAGACUUAAAGUGGCCCGGACAGCACUGGUGGUGCAGAAUGUUUCAGUCAUCCUCUGUGGACUCAUCCUGAUGAUGGUUUUCUUACAUAAACACGAGCUUCUCACCAUGUACCAUGGAUGGGUCCUUACUUCCUGCUACAUCCUGAUCAUCACUAUUGCAAACAUUGCAAAUCUAGCCAGUACUGCCACAGCGAUCACAAUCCAGAGGGACUGGAUUGUUGUUGUUGCAGGAGAAGACAGAAGCAAAUUAGCAGAUAUGAAUGCUACCAUUCGAAGGAUUGACCAGUUAACCAACAUUUUGGCCCCCAUGGCUGUUGGCCAGAUUAUGACAUUUGGCUCCCCAGUCAUUGGCUGUGGUUUCAUUUCGGGAUGGAAUUUGGUGUCGAUGGGUGUGGAAUACUUCCUGCUGUGGAAAGUUUACCAGAAAACCCCUGCUCUGGCUGUCAAAGCCACUCUUAAAGUAGAAGAAUCUGAAUUGAAACAGCUGAACUUACAGAAAGCAGAUACUGAGCCAAAAUCUCUGGAGGGGUCUCAUUUAAUGAGUGAGAAAGACCCCAACAUCUGUGAGCUUGAGCGUGAACAAGAGCCCACUUGUGCCUCCCAGAUGGCUGAGCCCUUCCGCACCUUCCGGGAUGGAUGGGUCUCCUACUACAAUCAGCCCGUGUUUCUGGCUGGCAUGGCCCUGGCUUUCCUCUACAUGACCGUUUUGGGCUUUGACUGCAUCACCACAGGGUACGCCUACACUCAGGGGCUGAGUGGCUCCCUCCUCAGCAUUUUGAUGGGAGCGUCAGCUAUCACUGGAAUAAUGGGAACCGUAGCUUUUACUUGGCUACGCCGAAAAUGUGGCCUCAUCCGGACUGGUCUCUUCUCAGGAUGGGCACAGCUUUCCUGUUUGAUCCUGUGUGUGAUCUCCGUGUUCAUGCCCGGAAGCCCCUUGGACUUGUCUGUUUCUCCAUUUGAAGAUACCCGUUCUAGGUUUAUGCAGGGAGAGCUAGUGUCUCCAACGACCAAGAUACCUGAAACCAUUUUUACAACUGAGACGAACACGUCAAACGGGUCUAAUAUUGUUCAUACUGUCCAAGAGAUGAGUACCAAAUCCGUGCCCAUCAUCUCCGUCAGCCUGCUCUUUGCAGGUGUCAUUGCUGCUAGAAUAGGUCUUUGGGCCUUUGAUUUAACUGUGACACAGCUGCUGCAAGAAAACGUGAUUGAAUCUGAACGAGGCAUUAUCAACGGCGUACAGAACUCCAUGAACUACCUUCUCGAUCUUCUGCACUUCAUCAUGGUCAUCCUGGCUCCGAAUCCUGAAGCCUUUGGCUUGCUUGUACUGAUUUCAGUCUCCUUUGUAGCAAUGGGACAUAUCAUGUAUUUCCGGUUUGCUCAGAAAACCCUGGGCAGCCAACUCCUUGUUUGUGGUCUUGAUGAAAAAGAAGUUCCAGAGGAACAUCAGCCUAACACAUCAGUGGUGUAAGAUGGUGUAGCUGUCACCCAGUUACUACAUGGUGUAAAGCACACUUACUCUUAGAGUGCUUACUUUGUAUUUCAGAAUAUCAAUACAUGCCUGGCAGGUUCUCUGGUUUUACCAAAGCUGGGCCUUGAGGGCUGAGAGCUGUUAAGAAAAUCUAAGUCAGCAGAGAUGAACUAGUUAUUUUCCCUUACAGUUAGGCAUGGAAGAAAGAGAGAAAGAAAAAGUCAGCGUAAGUGUGGAGAAAAAUCCAGUGGUAAAACUGAAUUUCCCUUUUCUUACUAGCAGAUAAAAAAAAAAUUCACAGAAAGUAGUGAGUUAAGUUACUCCUUAGCAGAUAUUUAUUCCCUCUGCUAGAAUUCUUAUAAAUCGGUUUGCCCUAAAACUCACUCUUGUUCAUGGCUGGCAAUUUACCUUUUUUUGUAUCAGUUAUACUUUUUCUCAGUUAUAUAUUGUCUCCAUAUAUGAAGAUCACAGUUUUAUAACCAGUAUUAUCCUUAUUUUAUCCCACUGAAUUAAGGGACAUAAUACAUGUGGAGAAUGAAAAGUAUAACUAGAAUUCUCUAGUAAGGUUUAUGGUUUAACUUUAGGAAGUGCCUUUGCAUUUUUAUUAUCAGAUAGGGAAAGUCUUGUACUAAACCUAUGUAGCUCUUCCUAAAGUGGCUGUUGUAGGCUGCUGGUAGAAACAGCUGUAGCUGUAUAAUGCAGUUAAUGGGUAAGGACUUUACAUGUGUCAGUAGUUGGUCAUAGAAGCUAGAAGCUAACAGCUACACAUAAACAUGAGAGAGCCUCAUUUAACUGAAGUCAUGGGCAUCAUAAUAUCUAUCUAAGCAUAUCGCUUCCACUUGGCAAGUUACAUGUAGAAAGAGCCCACACUUGAAAGCAUUGGAAAGUUUUUGUUUUAGACAUCAUUUGAUUGACUAGAACAUUUUGACUCUGACUUUCUUAUGCCUAGGUGUUGGUUAUCUCUACAUUGUUCUAGGGCAAAAAUAGUCACAAGUGUUUCCCUUUCAAAUACCUUUGAAAAGAAUAAAAGAAGAAAGUUUGUGUAUAUUUUUAAAAACCAUUUUAUAAGUCAUUUUGUAACAUGCCAGUACCAACAUGAUACAUGCCUUAACUUUUUAUGCACUUUCAUGGAGACUGUAAUACGUUGCUAUGAGCACUUUCUUUGUCCUUGAGGUUUAAUCUGUUUCUUCAUCUUUCUGAGUAUGACAUAAUGAUUUGCUAUGUUGUAAAAUCUUUGUAAAAUAUUUCUAUAUAAAAUGUUUAAAAAAUCUUAAUUUCUCUUAUGGGUUGAUUUCCCUAAGUAUAUAGCCUUUGUUGCAGAACAUCUGUCUUGGAUACUGUGCUUUUCUCUAUAAAGUGUUACAAUUUCAUAA